AUGGGUUGGAACGAUUUUUUUCAGGCGUGGGAACGCGUGACCUCUGAAGAGUCCUUUGUGGAGCGUGUGACUGCUGCUUUUUCCAGGGCCACGAACUCGCCUGCGGUCAAAGGCUCGUCUGAGUUCCGUCGGAGGAAAGCUGUCCUCUUGGUGGUCAUCCGUGCGCUGGUGCAGCUUCUCAUCGGUACUCAGCAGCAGUCUGGGGCCAUACGGCUGGUCCGAACUCGAGAAAGAGAGCUCGAGGGCACGGAGGCAUUGCCAUAUCAUCCUUACGCUACGUUCGUCGAGGAUACCCUGGAAGAGGUCAGAGGAGUGCUUCAGGCACCUUCGCCGGAGCCUGAGAUACCGGCUCCGAGGCAAGUACCUUGCCCGGAACACCAGGCGCUCUCAUCUUCUUCUUCUGCCGCGCCGCGUGUUGCACCUUUGGAAGUGGUCGAAGUGCGUGAGGACAUCCCUGUCCUGAUUUCAUUGGAUUUCAGCGGGGUGCUCAACAUCCACUUUCAGGACAGCCGAGAUUUUUUGGACCGUUUGAACGCAGAGCGUCCGAGCCACGUGAAGCUGAAGUUUAUUUGCACGAGUUACUCUGGGACAGAACGGGCCAAAGAAACGCGUCAGUCGAUGGCUUCGGAGCUUCCGGGCGUGCCAGUCUACAUCACUAGCUCUCCAACGGGCCGUCCUGGAAAAGGAGCCUUCAUUAAGCGUUUGAUGGACCGGCGGUCGGAUCACUUUGCGUGUCAUUUGGAUGACAGAUCAGACAUCGUGCGGGACGUCGAGGCGUAUGGUGUUCACGGUAUUUUGGUAUCGCCGAAUACGUGGCUGACUGAUCUCGUGCCCACUGUGUUGUUGUGGCUGCGGUCCCUGUAA